AUGGGACUUGAUUUAUUUGUUCGUUUUGAUUGUCAACCAAAAACAGAUUCAUCUAAAUCAUUUAUUGGUGUUUAUAAUGUAGCACUUAAAGCACUUAAAGAUGAACCAUUUCAAUUAAUUAAUCUUCAUGGUAAUAAAAAAAAAAGUCCACAAUUAUUUGAAAAUCCAUUAAAUAUUAUUGGAGAAUUAACAAUUGAUAGAGAAAAUCAUAUUGGAAAAAUGAAAUUAUCACAAGAAUUUGGUGUUCAUGUUGAAUUUGGUACUCCAUUAUCCAAUUUAACAGCAUUUAUAUUUCUUCUACAACUUACCUUUAUUUCAUAA